AUGUUGCAAAAAGCAUUUGGCGAAUCUGCUUUAUCAAGAACAAGAGCAUACGAGUGGUAUAAAGACUUUAAAAGUGGUCGUACAGUGGUGGAAGAUUUGCCUUGUUCCGGACGCCCGCCGACGUCGAACACCGAUGAAAAGGUGAAGAAAAUGAAAGAAAUCGUGCUUGAAAAUCGUCAUACUAGCCUAAGAGAGAUUUAUAGUGAACUUGGCAUUUCAUAUGGAACGGCACAACCCAUUGUGGUUGAUGUUUUGGGUAUGCUACCCGUCACAGCUAGGCUCGUCCGGAAGGAACUGAAUUUCGUGCAAAAACACCACCGCAAGACAGUUGCUGAAGACAUGAUUUCUGAAGCCCAAAGUAAUCCAACCUUCGUAAAAUGGAUAAUUACUGUCGACGAGGCAGGGGUCUAUGAAUUUGUCAUGGAAACCAAUCAACAAUCGUCUGAGUGGCGCUUCAAAGACGAGCCGAAACCGAAAAAAUUGCGCUAA